AUGAAUUAAAUAUACUUAAAGCCACUUGAUGAAACUUGUGAUAAUCCACAGUUACAUGAGGCUACUAAAUUAUUUCUUACCAUGAAUAAGGAGAAUCAUACAAGAGAAGAAUUGCAUUACAUUUUAUAGAAGAUGGAAGAACUGCCCUACUUUAAACAAUUUGUUUUGGAGAAAUUGUAGAAAGGAACGCAAAGGAAUGACAUUUUGGAAUUGUGUUCUCGUUUGAGGAUGGAAUACUUUAAAGGAGGGGAAGUGUUGUUCUAAGAGAAUGAUACAUCAAAUGAUAAGCUUUAUAUGAUUUAAUAUGGAGAAGUUAUGUUGAUGAGGUAGAAAAAGAUGGAUUAAUUGAUGACUUUGUAAAGAUAGAAUUCAGAACAAGUUCAAUAACCAUAACUAAAAAUUGCUUAAAUUCUAAAUGCUAAGAAGUUUACAAGCAAAAUUAUAAGACAUCAUAACUUUCAUAAGGAGACAACUAUUUCAAAAGAGGAGAAACAAUAAAUGGAACACAAAUACGGAGAGUGUAUAAGAUUGUUGGGAGUGGGUACAGGAUUUGGAGAGAAAGCUUUGGUUGAGAAUAUUCCUAGGUCUUUAACAGUAGCAUGUUAUAGUCACGAGUUAUUUGUGAUAGUUUUGAAGAAGGAUGAUUUUAUAACUUAUUAGAUGACAUUUGAAAAAACAAAGAAGGAGAAAUAGUAGUUAAUGUUCAAAAUAUUCAAAAAUGUGAAUAAUGAGUAUUCAUCUUAGAGAUUGGAAAGCAUGAUAUACAGUUGUUAGACUAUCACAUAUGAUAGAGGAACUCAGUUAGCAACAGAGGAUGAGGAAGGUGAUGCAUUCUAUUUGGUGAUCAAUGGAGAUUUGACAUUAUCGAAAAAAAUAGAUAAUCGAAAUGUCUCUCUAUGCAUAAUAUCAUCAGGUCAUUUGAUGGGUGAAGAAAUUAUUAUCAAUAAAACUGGUAUGUACGAAUAUAGUUGUACGGUGACAUCCUUAUUGGCUACUGUGAUUGUGAUAGAUGCAAAUGAAUUUAUUCAUAAGUUUCCUGAAGAAUGCAGAUUACAAUUGAUUGAGGAUUAUGGUCCAAAGACUGCUAAUAGAUAGAGAUUGUUGUAAUUAUUGUUGUAGAAGAGGAGGUCAUAGAAUACAUCAAACAAACAAAUGACAAAUGAAUAAGUAAGAUUAUUGACAGAAAUAGAUGAUGUAGUAAUAGAUUAAAACAAAAAUCAUAUUAUUGAAAGUUUGAAGAAAUAAAAAGAUGUUUAAUUGAAUCAACAUUUCCUAACUACAUAUUCAAAUCCAAGUGUUCAAAACUAUUGCAUUGCUAAAAUAAUUGACAGAGAAAAAACAUUUCAUAAAUUAAUAAAGAGUUGUGAAUUUUAAGAGUUUGAUUUCGGGAAUGGGAACAAUGAAAUUAUUAAGAGAAGAAGAUUUAUGUUAGAAAAUAAAUUGAAUUUGAAGAAACCAAAUGAAAAUUAUUUGAAACCCCAAUUCCAUAUUCUUCCUCUAACAGUUAAGAGAGAUCUGGUCAAAAACUUCAGACUCAACAAUAAGAAAAAUGUUUGUUAUUCUAAUUUCAAUAUUAAGACACUCACAAAGGUGUAACCGAAUAAAAAAUAAUCACCUUUGAAAAUAAGGGAGUUGAUGACUGCUAGACCUUCGCAAUAGCAAUGUGAUAGUUAUAGUACCCAUAUGUUUACUUAGAUUGAUGAUAGACAAUCACUUUGA